AUGCAAUUCAAGCUUAAGGAUUUAGGGUAUUUGAAGUUCUUUCUAGGCCUGGAAGUGGCAAGGUCUAAGGAAGGGAUAAAUCUUUGUCAAAGAAAGUAUGCUUUUGAGCUUUUGGAUGAUGCAGGUAUGUUGGGUUGCAAGCUAGCAAAAACACCUAUGGAUCAGAUUCUAAAGCUAAACAAAUAUGAAGGAAAGGAAUUGAAUAAUCCUAACACAUAUAGAAGAUUGAUUAGCAGAUUACUCUAUUUGGUCAUUACAAGACCAGAUAUCACCUUUGCUAUUCAUAGGCUAAGUCAAUUCAUGGCUAAGCCUAGAUUACCACAUUUACAAGCUACAAAUAGAAUCUUGCAGUACAUCAAAGGCACUUCUGGUCAGGGUUUAUUGUUUUCAAGUCAAUUAGAGCUCCACAUUAAAGCCUUUGCUAAUGCAGAUUGGGCUACAUGCCUUGAUACUCAAAGAUCAACCACAAGAUAUCGUGUUUUUCUUAGGAAUUCUUUAGUUUCCUAG